AUGGGAAUACUGGAGCCCACACUUACUCCCUUCGAGGGCAAAGUCAUCACCGUUGCCGGCGGCAGCCGCGGUACCGGCCUGGCCACGGUCAAGUAUCUCAUUCUCCGCGGCGCAACCGUCUCCAUGUCGAGUUCUUCGCCCAAGGGUAUCGCAAAGGCACAUGCCGAGGUCCUCCAGGACUGCCCGGGGAGCGAAGGCCGCGUCAUGGCCAUGGCGUGUGAUAUCACAAAGUAUGAGGAUGUACAGGCGUGGAUCUCGGAGACGAUGAAGAGAUUCGGACGCAUUGACGGUUGCGCAAACGUAUCUGGAAAGGAGCAGAGGAGACUCUUCCCAAUUGCCGAUUUUCCGCUGGAGGACUUUAACGAAAUCAUGCAAGUCAACGUCAACGGCCUUUUCCACCUUCUAAAAGAGCAGAUGAAGGUCGUGUCCGACGGCGGAAGCAUCGUCAACGUCGGGAGCGUGUGCAGCCACUUCUCUUCUCCAUGCUACGGCGCUUAUAUCGCGUCUAAGCAUGCGGCUGCCGGCUUGACAAAGGCCGCUGCAUUCGAGGGUGCUCCGAGGAACGUUCGUGUCAAUGCGGUUAACCCGCAAAGUGGUACAAUCGACUCAGAGAUGACUCGGCGCCCAUUUGAGCUCCCCGGUGGUCACACGUUCACUCCUUCUGCGCAGACGGUCCCGCAACUGUUGAAGAGAAUGGCAGAGCCGGAGGAAAUUGCCGCUUCUGUGUGUUUCCUGCUCAGUGAUGAGAGCAAGUUCGUGACCAAGUCGGAAUGGCAAGUGGAUGGCGGUUGGCUUGAGGGUACUCUGACUGGGUAG